UUUGCCUCUCAUUAUAAUCAAACAAAUUCCCCCACUUGUCUCAAUUGGCAACAAAAAUGGCAGCUGAAAAUGGCAGCACCGGCAACUCGUCUAGAUCCAAAAUUGCACUCAUCACUGGCAUCACAGGCCAAGAUGGUUCCUAUCUCACUGAAUUACUCAUUAGCAAAAACUAUCAAGUUCAUGGCCUUAUUCGUAGAUCCUCCAGUUUCAAUACCCAGCGCAUCAAUCACAUUUAUAUCGAUCCUCAUAACACCUACAGAGCCAAAAUGCAGCUUCACUACGCUGAUCUCUCCGACGCUAGUUCUCUCCGACGUUGGCUCGAUAUUAUCCUCCCUGAUGAGAUAUACAACCUAGCUGCUCAAUCUCAUGUCGCCGUUUCUUUUGAGAUCCCUGAUUACACCGCCGACGUAGUGGCUACCGGUGCACUCCGCCUUCUAGAGGCGCUUCGUUCUCACAUCUCCGCUACCGGAAGGUCUCACGUCAAGUAUUACCAAGCCGGAUCAUCGGAGAUGUUCGGAUCUACGCCGCCACCGCAAUCGGAAUCUACUCCGUUUCAUCCGAGAUCACCUUACGCCGUUUCCAAAUGCUCGGCGCAUUGGUACACGGUGAAUUACCGGGAAGCGUACGGGAUAUUCGCGUGCAAUGGGAUUCUCUUCAACCACGAGUCUCCUCGUCGGGGUGAGAAUUUCGUGACGAGGAAGAUUACCCGGGCUGUAGGGAGGAUAAAAAUCGGGCUACAGAGCAAGGUUUUUUUGGGUAAUUUACAGGCGUCAAGGGACUGGGGCUUUGCUGGAGACUAUGUAGAAGCAAUGUGGAUGAUGCUGCAGCAAGAGAAACCAGACGACUACGUUGUGGCAACGGAGGAUUCACAUACUGUAGAGGAGUUUCUAGAAGUAGCAUUUAGGUACGUUGGAUUGAACUGGAAGGAACAUGUGGAGAUUGACAAGAGAUAUUUCCGGCCAACGGAAGUUGACAAUCUGAAAGGAGAUGCAAGUAAAGCGAAAAAAGUGUUGGGUUGGAAACCAAAAGUGGGAUUUGAGCAACUGGUGAAGAUGAUGGUGGAUGAAGAUGUAGAGUUGGCUAAAAGAGAGAAAGUUCUUGUUGAUGCUGGAUAUAUUGAUGCCCAACAACAGCCUUGAUCACGUGGUAUGCUUUUCACCAAAUUUUACACAUUUUGGUUUUGUGUGCAACUCUAUGUUUAAUUUUAUCUUGUUGUAUUCUUUUCAAAAAAAUGUAUCGUCAAUCUAUGGUGAAAAGUUCAAUCAAUGUAAUUAAAAAAAUAUGUAGUGAUGGAAUUGCUAAAUUUCAUUACUUUGUAUCUUUCUCUUAUUAAGAGAAUUAGAAACGAUUUUAGAAUUUAAUGAU